UGAAUUUGCUGUGGGGCCCAGUAACAUCUAGUUACGCCACUGGGUGUUUUCUGUGUUUAUUGUACUUAUAUAAAGAAUUGCCUGCUGUCUCCAUAGGCUGUGUGUGUAUGUGUCAUGCAGAUAUGAAAGUGAAAGCAGUGGGAGUAUAAAUAUUGAUACCAGUGCAGCAGUUCAGUCUGUAACGUGCUACACUCCCUGCCGGCUCACUGCUAUAACUCUCUGCAACAUGAAUCUACUGAAUCUCUUCCUACUCUGCUCUCUCAGCUGGAACCUGACAGCCGGCAGCCAAGUCCAAUGCUCUGUGGAUAAGAGAACUGUGCCAGUAGGGGGCAGUGUAACCAUGCGGUGUGAACUGAACUUAAACAUCGCUAAACCCGACGUCCUGCAGGUGACCUGGCGCAAACAAUCGGGGGACUUUGCCGGUACCAUCGCCACCUCCAGCCGGAGUCACGGGCAGAGGUUCCUGGGUCCCUAUUCUAAUAGGACGGUCCAAUUUGCAGAAGUAACACAAGAUCUUUCAGCCAUCACUAUCAGCUCAGUGACCCCGGGGGAUCAGGGCUGUUUCCAGUGUAUAUUCAAUAUCUACCCGUUGGGGGCCUCUAUGGGCAGCGUCUGCCUGGAUGUGACGGAAACCAGAAUCUCAGAUCCCAAGCUGGACAUAAACAAAUCAGAGGAAUAUCACAUUAUCAGCUGCUCAGCGACGGGGAAACCUGCCCCCACAAUCACAUGGAACCUAACAGAGACCCCCGAACAGAACCCUCAGAACUACAGUAUCAUUCACCCUGACCAGACAGUCACAGUCAUUAGCAACUUCACCCACAGAACCUUGGGAAGAAUCCAUGUGACCUGUGUUGUACAGCACCCCUCUCUCAGCAGCGACAUUGUCCUCUCCAAGGCUGUAGAGGAUUCAGGUGUUGACACUUCUGGGAAGGAAAAUAAGUUCGUUAUUACAGUGUCUGCAGUGAUAAUUGUGGUCACUUUGCUCUGUUGUCUCUUGGCAUUUAUCUAUCCAAGGUUGGAAAAGGCACAAAAAGUACCAGGGCUAUGGAUUUGACACUGAAACCUCCCAAGAAUGAAGUUGUAUCUAAUAAACAUCACAAAGAGAUGAUAUAAGCUAUAGCAGGACUGGAGUCCCAUAGGCUGCAUAUUGCCGCAGUCUGUUAAACAGCUUCAUAGAGUUAGACUUUUUCUCACGGCAUCAUCAUAUCAGUUUAAUCUGGAAUGAGAUCUAAUCCUCCCACUGCAUUUAAACAGCCUGGAAGCACUGGGAUAUGGACAGAUAUACAUUCGCAAAGAUGGACUCCAGCAGAUAAAAGCAGCUCGAUGGAUAUCUCCACCAAUAAGAGGUAAUCGUUGUUGUGCAACAGAUCCUUCUCCUCUUCCUCAUAAUAUAAUCGUGUUCUUAGGACUCAUAUAUAACAGUGACACGGGUACUGCCUGCAGAUCUGCUUCUCUGUGUUCUUCAGAGUAUCAGGCACUGGCCUUUAUCUUUUGCACUUUCUACACAAACGUACUGUACAGCUAAUGGGUCAUUUUAUUUUAUUAAUAGACAUCUAGUGCUGCCUGUAAAGGUGCCCCUAAACCAGGAAGGACUGUGCCAAUCAAACCCCAUUACCCACUAUAAUGGGCAUAUGUUCAGCCUGCAAGGGGGUAGAAUAAGCUAUGAAUAUGAUGUGAAUAUGUCCAAGCUGUAUAAACAUGUGAAUAAUUAUAAUAAUCAUAUUGUACUAUGUCACCUACUUGAUCUAUGUUCACCAUCAUAUGGUUAUUUGGUGUACUGUACUGCCCUGAUGUUUUUAUAUUUUGUUGUAGUAUUUAACUAGUAUGAUUUAACUUUGCACAGUCCAAAAAAAGUGGACCAGGAGGCAUUUCAUUGCAUGUAACAAAUAAAGAAUCCUUUCUUACCUUA